AAGACCUUAGCGCACGCCACGGCCAAGUGGCCAACGAUACAAUAUUGGCUAUCCCAUUCCGUCCGGCCGCCGCCGCCGCCACCGCGCGGCCUCCCUCUGCCCGCCGCGCCCGCGCCUUUCGGAUCUCCGAGCCCGACAAACCUCGACCAGGGAUAAUGGGAAAAAAGGAGGGCUUGAUGCCUUUUAGUUGCAACAGUUGCACCUGCCACGGGUUUUUCGACAAGGAGUUCAUCGACAAACACGACGCCACUCACUUCAAGGAAGGCGUCAGGGCAAGGGAAGUUCAGAAGAAGGACUCUGAUAUGAAGAAGAAGAAGGAAGCUGACAACAAGAGAGCUGAGGAGAGAAAGAAAAGGGAAGCUAAAAAACAGGCUAAAACCCAGAAGAAGAAACCAUCCAAGACAAAGCACGAAAGCAAACCACCAGUAGCUCCCAAGGGGAAGCAGCCACCACCCCCGAAGAAGAACGGGACCCAUGUGAAGCAGCCUAUGGGCAAGGGGAGGAAGUGAACUUACCUAGUUUAAUUCAGAUGUGGGAAGAGUAUCCAAGCUACUUUUACUACUAAGAUGGUGAUUUUAAUGCUCUGUAAUAAUUAGUGAAACUAUGUACGGAAUGCACUCCUGAAUACUGGUAUCCAUUCGACAAUGCAAUUCGGUAUGGAUGGCUUUGGGUCUAAAUAUGG